AUGCUCGGCCUCGACUCGAUCAUCGUCACGGUGCAUAGCGUGGCCUUGACAAGCCGCGUGCACAAGAGCUACAUCCGCGUCACCUGCGGCGGCAAGACCCAGCGUACGUCGCACGAGACAACACCAGAGUGGCACCAAGCGUUCCAGUUCAUCGCUCCAAGUGGGCGCGUCGAGCUCGCCGUCAAGACAAAGACGACAUCGCGCUUCAAGCUCCAGCCCUACGCGACGCACGCCGUGGCCGUCCUUCCGAUGGCGGUCCUCGGAAAAGACAUGGACCGCGUUGCAGUGCCUCUCGAGAACGGGCGCGGCGUGGUCAUUGUCUCCACCGAGUGGUGCUAUGUCAUGGAGCGCUGCCCGCACCACCGACUCCACCUCUUCUGGUCAAAGUGCGCUGGUUGCCGACGCUCCGUCUGCUCGCGCUGCUCCAAGAAGGAGGCAAAAGGCCGCCAGUGCUUCAACUGCACCAGCGAGCGCACGCGUAUUGCGAUCGAGCACUCGCGUCGAUCUCCGGCCAAGGACAAGGAGGCGCGAUGCAUGCCAAAGCCGACCAAGGACAACGAGGUGCGAUGCGCCGACGUGCCAAAGCCGGUGACGCGCAGUGCCACGCAGCCGACAGUAUCCGCGACCAUCUCCGAGGCCGAGGCCACGCGAAGCCAUCUCAAGACGUCGCU